UGUGAUAGUACAAAAUGUCUGCCUGAGUGUAAACUUUUUUGCUUCAGGCAAAAUAGGAAAAACAAAACAGUGAUUUACCAUUAAAUACAUAAGAGUAUAUAAUCACCUAUCAAAUAUGUUAAACUGAACUGGAUAUGUGCGGAUUUUAUGCAAGGAACACGAAUGAUCAACAUGAAUAAAUCGAUAAAAAGUGUGUGAAAAAUAACUUGACACUGUCACUGAACUCAACCAUGGCUUUCUAUUUCCAAUCCAGUGGAAUCAUUGGAAGUGAUGGCUUUUUGUUGCCAACUCUUGAAAUGAUGAAAAAUAUGUCAAUGCACAUGGGGGAAUACUUUUACUUCUCGAACACUGUGAAAAACUUUAUAUUUGAGGACCUACACUUCCAUGGCUCCGCUGGUGUGGUCUGUGUUUGUUUGAUAAUAUUUGCAUUCACCGUCAUGCUUGAAGGAACAAAGUCGCUCAUAUUUUAUCUCAACCUUCGGAAAACACAAAAUCCUCUCACAUACGGACGUACGGACACAUCUAUACAAUCAGAAAGGUCUCCACUAUUCUCUCCUUUAAUGAUUCCAUCGAGCGUGUCUGAAAUCAAGCAAAAAAGGAUAAAGUUCCAUGUAGGGAGUUACCUGUUGCAUAUGGUAGAUUUAAUGUUAGCAUACCUACUUAUGUUAGCUGUGAUGUCUUAUGAUGCAUAUAUUCUUAUAGCUGUGAUAUUUGGUUCUGGUGUGGGUUAUUUUAUUUUUGGUGCCGUCAACGCUAAAAAUAAAUUGAAAUUUCACGCCCUAAAAAUGGGUAUGUAUGACCUGUAUGACAGUCAAACGGGACUUACAAAUAGUCAAACAGGACUUACAAAUAGUCAAACGGGACUCAGAAAUAGUCAAACGGGACUUACAAACCAAAGCCAAUGCUCAAUAUCUAGCUCUACGACUUCAUCGAAAUAUGGUAGCAAUGGAGUUUCGUGUGCCAAUGGUAGCAGAUAGUGAUGUCACUCGUGGAAAUCUUAAAUAACCAUUGAUAAAACAUGCAUCAAAAUUGGUAUAACGAUUUUGAGAGCACAGUGCUUUGUUAAAUUGAGUGAAAUGCUAACUUUCACAAACAUUGAGAGUGAAAUGUGUGUAUGCAUUUAAUUGGAUGAAGUUUGUGUCGUCAAUUGAUUGAGCUUGGUUUGGGCUGUAAUUAAUGUAUGGUGUGAUGUACAGUUUAUGUACACUAAUAAAUUGUGUGACGUACAGUGUAUGUACACUAAUAAAUUAAUUACAUGUACUCUUAUUAAAUGAGACCUCUAUUGAUUAAAGUGUACUCUAAUUUAUUCAAGUGAUUUAUAUAUACUCUAUUAAAUUGAGAUAUCUGAUAAAUUACAGUGAAAAAAUAUACACUAAAGAAACGGAAAAUUGUGUGAGCUUUCAUAAAGUGUGACAUAAUUAUGUAAUCAGUUUGUUACAUUGUGUACAAGAAAAAACUGCAUAAAAUGUGUACACAGAAUAUACAGGAAAAAAUGUACUCUUUGAUGAUUGCGUAUUCUGAUCAACUUGGGGGAUUGUGUACACCAAAAUAACAAACUAUAAGAUAUGUACACUUGUAACAUGGAAAAAAUGUACUCUGAUAAUUAGAUUAUGUACACUAAUUAAUUGUGCAUUGUCUAUUUAACUUAAGUAUUGCAUGAAAUAUAUAUUAUAUAUUUAAUUUAUUUGAAUCAAAUGUGCUUUUAUAACAGCGUGAAAUAAUAAAUGAUAUUAUUAAGUGGCUAAUUGAACAAAUUUAUUUUCAAGAGAAUUAUUUUACUUUCUUUUAUAUACAUUUUUAGCUCACCUGUGCACCAGAUGUUCAUAGGUGAACUUUUAUGAUGGCAGUGUGUCCAUUGUUGGUUGUUAGUCAUUCUUUGUUAUCCACAAUUUCUUUGAAAAGCAUCUCCUCCAAAACCACUUGGUAGAUAUUGACCAAACUUCACAGGAUUAAUUCCUUAGACUUUAAAAUGAAAUCUUUAAAAAAAACGUAUCCUUAGAAACAAUAUAUGCCUAGAGCUAAGACUUUUGAUUUGUUACACUAAGUGUUACCUUCUGAUCCUCUACAAAAGUUAAAUAAAGAAUGAUCAAGUUACAGAAUUCAGAUACAGUAUAACCUCCAGAGCAGCCCCUUAUAAAGCAAUUACUUCUAGACAACAACAUCUAGACUUUUGCAGAGGUUAUACUUAAUAUUCAUGAAAGAAUAAAGCAAUAUACUAAUUAACAUUCCUUUAUGCAUAGUUAAAAGUGAAAAAAAAUUGGGAGAGAAAAAUCUUGCUUUAAACAAUCAAUAGUUUUGCUAUUUACAAGCUUUAACCAAUGUUGAAAUGUUUUUAAAAAACGACUUCCAGGAUUUGUUUAGAUUUACAGUUAAAAGCAAAUUUUGUGUGGAUGUGUGGUGGAGCUGUUAAUACAUCAGACUAGUAAUUUAAGUAUUGCUGACAGCAUGGGCUCAAACCCUGUCAGUUGCAAGCCGUUGUUUCCUGAGCAAGAAAUUUUACACUCAUUGCUUAGUACUUGUUAGUUUCAGGAACCGAUUCAAGAAGUGUUUCAAUAAGCUUAUAACAUCCUACACAAUCAACUUGCUAAAAUGAAUUUGUAUAAACCGAAAGCUAAUUUUUUCCUGUACUCCAUAGCAAGUCUUUGCCAACGCAAAUAUAAACAGGGAGCAUUCAUUGUUUUAAUUUAAUGUUUUUUUUUACAAUCCAUAUAAAACAACAUAUAUUAAAAGGCAAUUAUUAUUCAUUCUCAGGUAGACAAAUUACAUUUGUAAGAGGAAUAUAAACAACUAGACUGUUGAUCUACUUUAAUUCAGUUUUAUACAGUCAAGUAAUUGAUAUGUUACUACUAUAACAAGGGAAAGGAGGUUUUCAGUCAAAGUUAACGACUCUUAACGAGGCUUUUCAAGUAAUCUUAUUUGCAUAUUUGUGACAUAAAAAUCAAAUUUCAUGUAUUUAUUAAGCAAAAAAAAGAAAACCAAACCCUCAACAAUACUGCAUCAAAACAAAUGCUGUUUUUUGUAGAUAACAAUUCAUCAUGUUUGUAAACAAAAGGGAAAUGCAUCAUUUUAGGAUUGAAGUUCCGCGGAAACAACACUGUCUUAAAUCAGAUUGUUAAUUUAGUGAGGUAAGCCAGUUUUGCAAUAAAUGGCAUGCCUCUAGAUGAUUAGAAUAUAUCUUCAGAGAAAUAUAAUGUUUGUAUUUACAUUGAAAAGGUGUAAAUGUAUAUCUCAUUAGAUAU